GCGCAACACAUUGACGGGUGCAGUAGCAGUGGUGUACUACAACGGGAAUCGUCUCAUCGGGCAUAUUUUCAUGUUGAGGGAGGUGCGAGUGCGAGCGCAUUUUGAUGCGUGAUUCUUCGUGCACGUUGUUGCGACUUGCGUCCGGGUGACUUCGCGUCGACUUGCCGGCGUAGUUCUUGAUUGACGGGCGACUCGACACGAGGAGCGAGUAGCGACGAUGAGCGAGAACGCGGAAAUUGCAGCGGUCGCACCGCAGGCUGGAGAUCCGACCAGGGCGGAAAUGUACAAGGAAGAGGCGAACGAAUAUUUCAAGAAUCAAGUGUACGACAAAGCUAUCGAAUUGUAUACCAAAGCCAUAGAAGUAAACCCGUCGGUAGCCGUGUAUUAUGGCAAUAGAAGUAUCGCUUACUUGAGGACAGAAUGCUUCGGAUAUGCGUUAACAGACGCGUCUAAGGCAAUCGAGUUAGAUAGAAAUUAUAUAAAGGGCUAUUAUCGCAGAGCUGCUGCAUACAUGUCCCUGGGCAAGUUCAAGCUAGCACUUACAGAUUAUAGAACUGUCGUGAGAGCUAAGCCAAAUGACAAAGAUGCUAUGGCCAGAUGUACAGAAUGUUCCAAAAUGGUUAAAGUGUUAGCAUUUCAAAAAGCUAUUUCUGUAGAAGAAAAGAAAAAUAUAGCCGAUAUGAUCAAUCUAGAAGCUAUGGCCAUCGAAGAUGAGUACACAGGACCUAAAUUAGUCGAUGGCAAAGUUAAUUUACAAUUUAUGCAAGAAUUAUUAGAAUGGUAUAGGAAUCAAAAUAAAUUGCACCGUAAAUAUGCUUAUAAGAUCUUAUUGGACGUUAAAUCAUGGUUUAUGGCACAGCCUAGUUUAGUGGAUAUUACAAUUCUUGAAGAUAGCAAAUUCACUAUUUGCGGUGAUAUACAUGGACAAUAUUAUGACUUGCUUAAUAUAUUUAAGUUAAAUGGAUUGCCAUCAGAGACUAAUCCAUAUUUAUUUAAUGGAGAUUUUGUAGAUAGAGGCUCUUUUUCAGUAGAAUGCAUAUUCACUUUAUUUGGUUUUAAGUUAUUAUAUCCGAAUCACUUCUUUAUGUCAAGAGGUAAUCAUGAGUCAGCAACAAUGAAUCAAAUGUAUGGAUUCGAUGGUGAAGUGAAAGCUAAAUAUUCCACCCAGAUGGCAGAAUUAUUUACAGAAGUAUAUAACUGGCUCCCUCUGGCACAUUGUCUUAACAAUAGAGUGCUCGUGAUGCAUGGCGGCUUGUUUUCACGGGAUAACGUGACGCUGCAAGAGAUCAGGGAAAUCGAUAGAAAUAGACAACCACCUGAUGAGGGACUAAUGUGCGAAUUGCUGUGGUCGGAUCCGCAACCGCAGAUGGGCAGAGCGCCCAGCAAGAGAGGCGUGGGUGUUCAAUUUGGACCUGACGUCACGCAAAAUUUCCUCACGACAAAUUCCCUCGAUUAUGUCGUGAGGAGUCACGAGGUCAAGAAUGACGGGUACGAGGUUGGACAUGAUGGGAAAUGUAUCACAGUAUUUUCCGCUCCAAAUUACUGUGAUACUAUGGGUAACCGAGGUGCCUUUAUCACACUUAACGGUAAAGACAUGAAACCUUAUUUCACGUCGUACGAAGCAAUGCCUCAUCCAAACGUAAGGCCGAUGGCUUAUGCCAACUCUCUACUAAAGUUCAUGUGCUAGUGGAACACUCGCUAGGUAUUAUUAAUAAAUAAUAAUAACUGAAUAUAUAUUAUAUAUAAGUAGCCGAAUCAACAAAGUGUGUGUAAUAUAUUUGAUACCGGAAAUGAGAUGGUAAGAGACACUUUAGACUUCUCCGCAACAAUAAUUACUGUAUUCUUUCUAGGAAUACAAUGAAUUCCCUGUAUGAUAAAGUAUAUGCAAUCGAAUGCAUAAUAUUGAUGGGUACAAAAGCGAGAAAGGUUUGCUUAUUUUUACAACAGGCAAACAGUUUUAUCGAGUUUUCUUAUCUAUGAUAAGGAAAACAACUCAUCAGACAUCACUAGCAAUUUGUGUUCGUUUGUAAUAAAAUAACGCGAAAAGAA